UCCCAACUGGGAGCACAUCCCUAAUUUUUACACGUCGUUGAUUUUUUGUUGGACUGCACAGGCUUAAAUAUGGUCGUACAAGAUGAUACAAUAAAUACUGGGGAACCGGAGAAGGCGGAAACUGUGCCGGUGGUGCCAGAGCAGACCAAGAUCUUUACGGUCGAGAUCCUGCACAUGAUCAAGGAUGCCCAGCAGCAGCAUGGCCUGCGUCACGGCGACUUCCAGCGCUACCGUGGCUACUGCACCCGCCGCAUCCGUCGUCUGAGGAAGGCGCUAAAGUACCCGCAGGGAGACAAGCGACACUUCAAGCGACGUGACGUGACUAUUGCCCAGUUGACAGGCAAGAAGGCCGACGAGCGUUUCUUCCACAUCCCACUGAUCAGCGCCGAGCGGGCCUGGGCGUAUGCCAUGCAGCUGAAGCAGGAGUCCAACACGGAGCCGCGAAAGCGCUUCCAUCUGAUCAGCAAGCUGCGACGGGCCUGUUUCUACGCCCUUCAGCUCCAGGAGCUGUGCAAUACGGAGGCCUUCGAUGCCCGCACGAAGCUGGAGUGCGAGGCCUACGUAGCCUGGAUGCAUGGCAGCCUGCACUUUGAACUGCAGUUGUGGAAAACUGCCGGCGAGCACCUGAAGCGCGCCCAGGUUGUGUACGAGAACCUGGCCAAGGCCCUGCCCGAUGACGAGCAGGAGCUGUAUCGUGCUAAGGUGAACGAGUUCACGCCCAACUUACGCUACUGCGCUUACAACAUCAGCGGAGGAGCCAGCAGCGGCGGCAAGAUCGACGAGAUCCUAGAGCUUCGUGCCCAGGGAGUGCUCGAGAAUCUGGAUGUGCUGGUCAGCCAGACGAAGACGGAGAGCAGCGAGGGCCUGCAGACGAUCGACUGGCGCGGUCGCAAGGUUACCGUGCGUCCGGAGAAGGUGCGUCUGUUCCUGCUCAGCGCCCAGGAACUGGACAAGUCGCUGGCAAAGGCCACCAAGCCGGAUUCCAAGAUCGAGUUGAUCGAACGCAUUUUGAUGGACUGCAAGGACGCCAUUCAAGCGGUGCGGGACGAGAUUAAGCAGGAUCCUAAGCUGCGUUCGCUGACCACAGGCCAAACUGUGUCCGGAGUGCAAUAUCUUUUGGCCUAUUUGAGCUACAUCCGGCACAGCCGCACGCUGCAGCGCAAUCUGUGCCUCGUGGAGCAGGCCAAGCUCAACUUUGAUGACCCCAACCAGCAGUCUCAGCAAAACGUGAGCGACGGCAAGCGCGUGCGGUCCCAGGAUCUGGCUCGUCUGUACGAGAUCAUACUGCAGAACGUAACGGAAAUGCAGCAGAUCAACGGCAUGGAGGACGAUGCUCAGUACCAGAGCGAGGUCGAGAAUCUUGCCAUUACAUUCAAGGCUUUCCGCUGCUACUACAUUGCCCUCACAUUGAUCGACAUGAAAAAGUGGAAGGAGGCGGUGGCCCUAUAUGAGCGCGCCUCUAACUACGCCACCGAAGCACUCAAGGGCAAGGCCAGCGCGGAGUUCCAGCUGCAAGCGGAGCUCAAGACGGUCGUGUCCACCAUCGAGGGCUGCAAGUUCUCCGCCCACGCCUACAGUGUGCUGGAGGAUGACAACAGCGAGGAGGCCGGAACCACCACCAAGUCUCAGAAGACAACGAAACCGCUGUACGAACGCUUGUCGCUUUACAAGGAGGACCAGUCGUUGCACACCAAAGCACCCAACGUGUUCAAGCUCACCCCUGAAAUGGAGCCCAUACCCUGCAAGCCUCUCUUCUUCGACCUGGCAAUGAACUACGUGGAGCUGCCUUCGCUGGAGGACAAGCUGGAGUCGCCUGGCAAGAAAGCCGGUGGUGUUACUGGCUUUGUCAAGGGAUUCCUCGGUUGGGGCGGCGGUGGCGGCAACAAGUGAGACGACAACCCACCACGGACCACGACCAUCACUUUUCUGGAAUUCCAUGCAUCCAUGUUACACUUAUAAAGCCUUCAGAUCCAUGUCCAUGGCGCGGUAUGUCCGUUGUUCUUUAUAAGUUCAUUGUUUUUGGCUCGUAACCCCGCCAGAUUUGUUUUUUCUACGAACCCUUUUGUAAGUUUAAAAAAAAUGAACAAUUAUUCGGUAAUAAAGGAACCUUCAACGAA